AUGAGCCAGCUGGGCGGCGGGCCCCCGCGGGCGCAGCCCCACCAGCCGCGCCACCUCCCUGCGGGCCUGGGCGCCGCGCCCAUGGUCUACCUCUACGGGGCCGAGCGGGGCGCGCUGCCGCCGGGCGCGCUGGGCUUCGCCGCGGCGGGGGCCAUCCCGCGGCCCGAGCCCCCGCAGAAGCCGCCCUUCUCCUACAUCGCGCUCAUCGCCAUGGCCAUCCAGGAGGCGCCCGAGCAGAGGGUCACGCUGAGCGGCAUCUACCAGUUCAUCCUGGAGCGCUUCCCCUUCUACCACGACAACAAGCAGGGCUGGCAGAACUCCAUCCGCCACAACCUCUCGCUCAACGAGUGCUUCGUCAAGGUGCCGCGCGAGAAGGGCCGCCCGGGCAAGGGCAGCUACUGGACGCUGGACCCGCGCUGCACCGACAUGUUCGAGCACGGCAACUACCGGCGCAGGAAGCGCAGGCCCAAGGCCGCCGGCAGCCGCCUCGGGGCGGAGGGCGCCGAGCCGGAGAGCGGCGGGGAGCCGCCCAAGCGCAUCCUGGCCAAGAAGGCGCUGCACGGCAGGCACGGCAAGGGCGACCCGAAGGGCGCCUCCAAACUGGACGGCCGCGCCAGCGGUUGCGGCUUCGCCUGCGCAGAGAGCCGCCCGCUCUUCAACGCCUCGCUGGUGCUGGAUUCCCACAUCCAGGGGCGCUUUUACCAGCUGGGGAUCCCCUUCCUGUCCUACCUGCCACUCCGCUUCCCCGAGACCGUGUUCCACUUCCAGUAG